AUGCCACCAUUUACACAAUUCGCCAAGCGAGCGAGAACCCCAAUGCAACGCGCUCCAUCACUUUCAGACCAUUCGAUUGGUAUUCCAAUGAUCCUGAUUUCUAAUAUGCGAAAUGGACGUGGCAAUGGACUAUCUCGCCAACGUGGCCACGCCUACACCGAGGAGGACACGAACAGCGUUAACUGCACCUCAGUCCUCGGCCAGGCGCGUGUCAAGGCCCUGCAGUCGAUUGGAAACGGAUCCAAUGAGACCAGUGACAAAGACUGUACAAUGCCCACGAUUCCAUGGUCAGAGCUGUCCGGGUGGGCGAGCAUGUUUGACUCCACGACAGGACCCAUCCGCCCUGAAUACGGAGGGUUCAUUGAAACGACGUACGACGUCAAUGGAGGGAAUAGCACGUCCAGUGUUAUCGUCAACGGCACCGACGUCCCGAGCCCGAACUUGAUGAGUCGUGGGGGCUUCAAGGCCAGUUUCGACGGCGUCGCUAAUGGAACGAAUACUACCCAUUACUACACAGCUAUGAACCAGCUGCAGGUCCUCAUGCUCACUACGUUGAGCUGGCUUAUAUCUGAACCUUAUGAAUGA